UGGUUUCUACCUCUGUCAGUCGUUGCCUUUGAACAGAACGAUAUAAUAGAUGAGAAGUAUGGAAACAUUCUGCAGCUCUGAAAUAAGAAUGCAGUGCUGGGGUACUACAAGUGGGUUACCCUUCAUGAAGUUGUAGAGCUAAUAGAAUUGUGUGUUUCAGCCAUAUUAAUGUAUACAUUCAUCAGCUCCAUUACUGAUCUUGUUUUUCCAAACCAAACUUCAUGCAGUAGCUGUUACUGAAUUUUGUAGCAUGUGAUAUUGCCUCUUCCAGACCUAAACACAACUUGUUUUAUACUUUGUUAUAGUUUCUUGUAAAUACUGUCAGCUUUACACGCAUGGUCCAUUAGGCAGCAGCAUUUGAAUUGAAAGGCGCUUGACCUUUGCCUCAUAAUGAUAACAGGCUUCCAGGGUGGUCAUGUAAACACUACCAAGACAAACUGUACAGACUAAAAAUACAACACGUGGCUGCUUCAAAUGAGCUUGAUCUGUACAGCGCUCCGGGAUUAAGAGGUUCACAACCAAGCAGGUUUAUCAGAGGUCAAGAUCUGUGUUCUUCAGAGAGGACGCUUUAAUCCCUGAACUGGGAACCAGGAGGGUAAAGUUACGAAUUGAGGGCACCUGUUGGGAACAAUUUUCUAUGAAAAAUACCCCAAAACACGGGGCUUGUCUUUGAGAAUCUCUGUGAACAGGAUUACCCUGCUUCUAAUUCCUCGAUCAGUGUCCUGGAGAUGUGAGCGCUUUGAGCUGCGCACAGUGCAUCAGAAGAUGCCAUUGUGUGCACUAUGAGUCAUCCCUGGUCCCGCUUGGUUCACCAGCGCUCCCUCUCUCUCUCUUCCCUCUUCACGGCCAGCCCUCCCCAGGGAGACAGCCUCCAGACCCCCACACAGAGCUGCGCUAACGAGACGAAGCAGAAGGUGAGCCGGGAGUCCCAUUUGCCCAGUAAGGAGAAGCUGAAACAGCAGCACAGGGACUUGGACGCUCUCCUCGCCAAAGUGACAGCAGCAGGUUACAAAAAGAAUCCCUCAAAAAUGUUCAACGUCACAAGUGAGCAGGCUCCUGAGCUGGAGGCAGCGCUGGGACCCUGUGACAAUGCGGAGAGGCCAGGGGGCAGCGACGACAGCGAUGAGGAUAACUGCACCGAGGACCUCUUGGCUUCUUCCUGGGACAACCUCUCCAUCUUAGAACGCCUGGGUCUCAACAGUGUCCAGAUGACAGAAGAAGAGAUAGAGUCUGCCUUCACUCACCUGUCCCUGGCAUUCAAGUGUGACCAGUACACUCUGAGGAAGAGGCUGCAGGCGGAGGAGCGGGCGAGAGACGUCACUGAGGAGAACGUUCACCGCGAGCUGGAGGAAGGGAGAGCCACACUGCAGACUCUGAAGGCUCUGUGUCUGGACAGUAAGAGGAACGAGAUCGUACAGCAGCUGGAGCAGAGCCUGGAGAUCCUGUCCAACACCAUCAAGCGCAUCGCCAGCACAGCCGAGCUGCUAGGGGCUGUGCAUCAGGAGGCGAGGGUGAGCCGCGCGGUGGAGUUGAUGAUCCUUCACGUGGAGAAUCUAAAACAGCAUCACGUGCAAGAACUCUCCGAGCUAGAGGAGGCGAAGAGGCUGGUCCAGAGGAACUCCCGCACCCUGAAGUUCAGCGAACCUCACGAUGAAAGCGACAUCCGUCAAAAACUGCAGCACCUGAGAUUAUCCCAGCAGCACAUCUCCCGCAGGAGAGUGAGUAUCGCUGUCAUCCCCAAACAGCUGCAGAACGUCCCUUCAUUCCAGCACUUCCACAGCUCAGAAUCGAGAGGCUCCGACAAUGGGAGAGCCAGCAUGGAUUCAGAUUCAAUGCGAGCGAUGGUGGAUAACGGGCGUGUCAGUAACAGAAGGAUGAGCGGACACCUCUGUAAAGCUAACAAGAAAUUUGGGUGUACUCAGUCCCCAAUGGAAGGAUCCCAGGAUAGCUGCCCCCCCCAGCCACCCCUCGAGCCCCUACCAGCCACGGGACGUCCCGCCGACAGCAGGGAAUGGGAGGGGGGCGGGAUGUGUUUUAACAGCAGCGGCCAGGAGACUUUACGAAAGAGAAAGAAGAGCCGUGAGAUUGUGGAGACGCUGCGAGCAGAGCAGGAGAGAGAGGACACGGAGGACGAUUUCAGCGACUGUGUCAUCAUGGAAACGUACGGACCUCGCGGGGAGGGGAGGUGUGCACGCUCCCGGAUCCUGCGCCCCGCUCUCCUCUCCAGGCUCCUGCCCUCCCGCUGGCUCCUCCUCUGGCUGCUUCUCAUGAUGCUCUCCUGCGUGCUGCUCUGGGGCGCCCUCUCCUGCCGGCUGUGGGCACCCAUCUUCGGGCCCUGAGUACAUGGGCACAGCCCCUCCCACUCCUCACAGCUCCCACUGUGUGUCGCUUGAAACGGAAAAACACCGUUUCGAGUGUGAGAAAGCAGUCUGGCAGCUGCAUCCUGGACAUGCUGAGCCUUCCAAGUUUAGUGACGGGUAUACCAAUAAACAAGGACUAUACACUGAGAUGUCAUUUUACAAGGACUCCCUAGGAGACAGCAGAGCCGAGCCAGCUAACUUUACAGUACGUUUCGAUUGUUAAUCGUGAUUUUUCUUGAUUUUUGUUUUUCUCCAAAUUAGAUCUUCAAUAGAGAAAUGCAUUGAAAAGAAUGGUAUCUGAACGCCAGUAUUUGUUCAAUGCAUCUUAAAAAAUAUAUUAAAAAAAAUUGUAAUAAGUUGUGUUAAGAUGAAAAAUGAUGUAAUAUCCUUUGCCACGGCUGUAAAUAUGAAUGGAUGAUUAUUGUGAAUUGCUAUAUCUCCACAUUACAAUAUCAACUCAUAAUGCAUCCUUUUUAAAUACAGU